AUGCAGAACGACGCAGGAGAGUUCGUUGAUCUUUUGAUCCCCCGCAAAUGCUCUGCCAGCAAUCGCAUUAUUGGUGCUAAGGAUCAUGCCUCUAUUCAGAUCAACAUAGCAGAGGUUGAUGAAACCACAGGCAGAAUGACAGGGGCCUACAAGACGUAUGCUAUCUGUGGUGCAAUCAGAAGAAUGGGAGAGUCCGACGAUUCACUGGUCAGGUUGGCAAAACGUGAUGGAGUGAUUUCCAAAUGCAUUGCAGAUAAGGAGAAUAAGCCAAAUUUUAGAGUUAGACCAUAA